UUUACGUACGGUAAUUUCACAUGUGUCAAAAAAGCAAAAGUUGUCUGCAAAAUGUCUGGAGAAAGAAAAGGGACCUAUAAAGUUAACACAUUAUUAGACAUUGAAAAGAAAGUGCAGGAGAAAUGGGAAAAAGAAAAUAUUUUUGAAGAAGAUGUACCAGAAGAUGUACAUGGUGUUGAAAAAUUCUUUGUUACGUUUCCGUAUCCUUACAUGAAUGGCCGAUUGCAUUUAGGACAUACAUUUUCUUUGUCAAAAUGUGAGUUUGCUGUUGGUUAUCAAAGAAUGCAAGGAAAAAAGUGUCUUUUUCCAUUUGGAUUACAUGUAACUGGGAUGCCUAUAAAGGCUUGUGCUGAUAAAUUGAAGUAUGAAAUGGAAACAUUUGGAUUUCCUCCAAAUUUUCCUGAAGAUACUGGAAAUGAAAGUGUUGAUAAAGAUGAAGAAAUUAAAAUGCCUGCUGAUAAAAGUAAAAGCAAAAAAAGUAAGCUGGUUGCAAAAACUGGAGGUGCAAUGUACCAGUGGAGAAUAAUGGAAUCAUUAGGUCUUUCCAAUGAAGAAAUCAAGAAAUUUGCUGAUGCUGAUCAUUGGCUACAGUAUUUCCCUCCUCAUACUGUUAAAGAUUUGAAAGCUAUGGGAAUUAAAGUUGACUGGCGAAGAACUUUCCUCACUACAGAUCGUAAUCCUUAUUAUGAUUCUUUUGUUCGAUGGCAGUUUCUGAGAUUGAAAGAGAGAGGAAAAAUACAAUUUGGUAAAAGGUAUACAAUAUUUUCUCCAAAAGACAACCAGCCAUGUAUGGACCAUGACCGAAGCUCAGGCGAAGGCGUUGGUCCACAAGAAUAUACUUUAAUUAAAUUAAGGAUAUUAGAACCUCUUCCUCAAAAACUUAGCUCUUUCACUGGAUUUUCUGUCUUUCUCGUGGCUGCUACUUUAAGGCCUGAAACUAUGUAUGGCCAAACAAAUUGCUGGGUAAGACCAGACAUGAAAUACAUAGCAUUCCAGUUAUUCAAUGGAGAUAUAUUCAUUAGUACUCGAAGAGCUGCUCGAAACAUGAGUUAUCAAGGUUUCACAUCUGAAAAUGGGAAAGUUUCUGUAUUAAUGGAAUUAGAAGGCAAAGAUAUUUUAGGUUUGGCUGUAGAAGCUCCAUUGACAUCAUAUCCACAGAUAUAUACACUUCCUAUGUUAACAAUCAAGGAAGAUAAAGGCACUGGCAUUGUAACAAGUGUGCCAUCGGAUUCUCCUGACGAUUUUGCUGCAUUGUGUGAUUUGAAAAAAAAGCCCGAUUUAAGGAAAAAAUUCAAUAUUUCUGAUGAAAUGGUCAUGAAGUAUGAACCGGUACCAAUUGUAAAUAUUCCUGAUUAUGGAUCAUUGGCGGCUCCGAAAGUGUGUGAAGAACUCAAAGUGCAAAGUCAGAAUGAUAAAGAUAAACUUGCAUUAGCAAAGGAUAAAAUAUACCUUAAAGGCUUCUAUGAAGGUGUCAUGUUAGUAGGGAAGUAUAAAGGUCAAAAAAUCCAAGAUGUUAAGAAACUGAUCCAGAAGGAUAUAAUUAAUAUGGAAAAAGCUGUGCUUUACAUGGAACCGGAAAAAAAAGUUAUGUCCAGAUCAGCUGAUGAGUGUGUUGUAGCACUUUGUGAUCAAUGGUACCUUGAUUAUGGUGAACCUUCUUGGAAAGCUCAAGCCCUUGAUUGUUUGGCGAAAAUGGAUACUUAUCAUGAGGAAGUGAGGCGGAACUUUAUUGCCACUUUAGAUUGGUUAAAAGAACAUGCUUGUUCUAGGUCGUAUGGUUUAGGUACAAAAUUGCCAUGGGAUGAAAGUUGGCUCAUAGAAUCAUUGUCAGAUUCAACAAUUUAUAUGGCCUAUUACACUGUUGCACAUUUACUACAAAAUGGUGUGAAGGGAAGUCUUGAUGGUUCCAAAGGUUCACCAGUUGGUAUCACGCCUCAUCAGUUGACUCCAGAUGUUUGGGACUAUAUCUUCUUUAAAGAUUCUCCUUAUCCGAAGACAGAUAUUCCAAAGCAAAUUUUAAAGAAGUUGAAACAUGAGUUUGAGUUUUGGUACCCAUUAGAUAUACGAUGUUCUGGAAAGGAUCUUGUACCUAAUCACUUGACAUAUUUCAUUUACAACCAUUGCGCUAUAUGGGCUAAUGAACCUGAAAAAUGGCCCAAAGCUGUCAGAGCUAAUGGUCACCUUUUGUUGAACUCUGAAAAAAUGUCUAAAAGUACAGGAAAUUUUCUUACUCUGUCUCAAGCUGUUGAAAAAUAUUCUGCAGAUGGUAUGAGACUAUCUUUAGCUGAUGCUGGUGAUGGAGUUGAAGAUGCUAAUUUUGUUGAAAGCAUGGCUGAUGCUGGUGUCCUACGCCUUUAUUCGUUUUUGGAGUGGGUGAAAGAAAUUAUGUCUUCAAAAGAUCAACUUAGAAGUAGUGAAACUUUAACUGUCAAUGAUAAGGUGUUUAUAAGUGAAAUGAGUUACUGCAUUACCCAAGCCGCUGAGUAUUAUGAAAGGCUAAUGUUCAAAGAAGCUUUGAGGACUGGCUUUUUCGAACUACAAGCAGCUAGAGAUAAAUAUAGAGAGCUCACGGUUAAGGAAAAUAUGAGACAAGAUUUAGUUUUUAAAUUUAUUGAAACUCAACUUUUGCUCCUGUGUCCGAUUUGUCCCCAUAUAUCCGAAUACAUAUGGGGACUACUUGGAAAGGAAAGCAGUAUAAUGCAUGCAAAAUGGCCUAUUGCUGAAAAAGUUGACACAACUUUGCUAAAAUCAUCUGCUUAUUUUAUGGAUGCUGUUCACAAGUUUCGACUAAGGAUGAAAACACUACUUUCUAAGAAAUCUACUACUGUAUCCAAACCAACUCAUGCUGUUAUUUGGGUUGCAAGAACCUAUCCCACCUGGCAGUCUUUAGUUUUAAGUACUUUGCAAAAUUUGUAUAAGAAUGACCAGUUUCCUGAAAAUAAAGUAAUAUCGUCCGAACUUGGUAAGCUUCCUGAGCUCAAGAAGUAUAUGAAAAAGGUGAUGCCUUUCGCUCAAAUGAUGAAGGAGAAAGCACAAGCUAAUGGUAUUUCAGCAUUGAAUCUGUUUCUGGACUUUGAUGAGAUGACAGUACUACAAGAACAUAAAGAAUACCUUUUGAGCACAUUAGAAUUACAAGAAAUAUCUUUUAAGUACACUGAUGAAGCAACUGACAAAGCACUUGAAGAUUGUUGCCCUGGAGAACCUAUCAUUGUUUAUUCUACUGCACCAUCUCUGCCUUUAAGGCUAAUCAAUCAACAGCCAUGCAGUGGUUAUUUUGAAAUGGAAAUACCUAUUUAUGAUGGGACAGAAGUGUCAAAUGUGGUUUCCCACAUUUGUAAAAUGCAAAGAAUAUCAGAUGCUGAUAAAGUAAAACUUUUGAGGUAUGGAGAUAUUUUAGCUGGACCUCGUACUAUUCCAGUUCUUGGUCUGACAGAGAAAGGAAAGAUUCCAAUUGUAUUGAAUUCUAAAUUUUUCAUUGAUCUUGAAAGAACUGCUAUUUUCGUUCAAGAAAAUGGACAUAAACAUGAAACUGGGUCACAAAUAAGCUACAUUGUUGAACAGUGACUUAACAGCUGUAUAAUAUAUUUAUUUUAAUAAAAUAUUUAAGACUA